AUGUAACCUAUUGCAUAAAUUUUGAUUGCUUUUGAAGAUACAGUUGACAUGAGUGAACAAGUCCAUCCUGGCUUACUUUUCUAACAGACAUACAUAAAUAGUUAAAAAAAAGUUUUAUUUUAUGCAGUGUGUUUACAUUUUUGUGUGUAAUCUUUUUUAUUCACUUUUUUUAUUCAACUGUCAUAUUCUAUAUUCCGGUUACCACUACCCAACAAACCUAUUGUGGGACAGGUAAUCCGUUUGUGUGGGACAAUGUGUGACACCAUUGUAAGGUAGCGGGGAAACUGUGAUAUAAUAACGUAAUGAAAACAUUUUUAUAUAAUUUUUAGCUUAUAAAAAUAAUUUGUUGUUUAGUCCAUUCCAACUACAACAUAAUGAAGGCAUAGAUAAAAUGUUAUUUAACAUAAAACUGUUCACUGUCUCUUUAAAUUUGGAGCGCAGAUCAGACGCGGAGUUAUCAUGUUGUACACUUUGAAGAUCUUCUCAAAAAGAGAAAACUAAAGGAAUAAAGAACGAACAAAUAAUGAAAAGAAACGGACUUCAUUAACAGACCAAAGGAUCAUGGAACGGAGAAAUAUCCUCCUUAUUGGAAAAACAGGAGAUGGCAAAAGCAGUGCCGGCAAUACAAUUCUCAACAAAGACGUAUUCACCCCUAAAGCUACAGCUAGUUCUGCUACAGAUGAACCUGUAAGAGGACGUGGGUUGGUUAAUGGAAGAGAGAUCACCGUUAUUAACACGCCUGGAUUCUUUGACACAGAUCAAGAUGAUGAAAAGACAAAAUCUGAGAUCAUUAAAGCUCUGAUGGACACUACUGUGCUUCAUGCCAUUGUGCUUGUUCUAAAAGUUGGAAGAUACACAAAACAAGAAAACAAGGUGGUAGAAGAAUUUCUGAACUUAAUGAGAGAUGAACGUGUCCUGAAACACACAGUGAUCUUAUUCACUUUUGGAGAUCAACUAGAUGACCUGACCUUAAAAGAAUUUAUAAAGUCCAAUUCCAAGUUGCAGGAGUUCGUUAAAAAAUGUGAAGGCCGCUGUCACGUCAUUGACAACAAACUUUGGAAUGACUGUCAUUCAGGAGAAAAGAGUAACAAAGUUCAGGUGAACAAUCUGCUCGACACUGUUGACAAAAUGGUGCAAAAGAACGGCUGCUUUACCAGUGAGCCGCUUCAGGAUUCGGAAGAGGUGAUGGAGAUGAUCAAUAAUUUGCCACCAGAAGAGAAGCAAAAAGCAAAGAAAAUUGUUCAUAAUAAAAUUCUGGAGCAAUUUGUAGGAGCAACAACAGGGGCGUUGAUUGGUGCUUUUCUGGGUGUCAGUGUUCUCGGUGUGACUUUAUUUAAAAUCCCAUUAAAAGCACUGCUAAAAUACAUAUUAGCAUCAACAGGUAAAGCAUCAGCAGUUAAGGCUGUGGCUGCAGAAGUAGCAGCAGUAGUGGAAACCGGAGCAGUAGCAGCAGUAGUGGAAACCGGAGCAGUAGCAGCAGUAGUGGAAACCGGAGCAGUAGCAGCAGUAGUGGAAACCGGAGCAGUAGCAGCAGUAGUGGAAACCGGAGCAGUAGCAGGAGUAGUGGAAACAGGAGCAGCAGCAGGUGCAGGGGUUAGUACAGGUGCUGUGAUUGCUGGCAGUGUUCUUGGAGCUGCAGCUCUUGUUGGAGCUGUUGCAGGGGGAAUCACUGGAUGGAAAGCUGCAGAAGAAGCUGAUUCAAUGUACGACGCAAUGAAAAAGGCUGCAAAAGUUAACUAUGAUAAUGCAAAAGCUGUGGUUGAGAAGGUACAUGAAUUUGGUUCUCUUGUGGGGAACAAUAAAGAUAAUUAAAAAUUAUUUUACAUUAUUUUUAUUUAGUAAAGACAGUCUCCAGCUUUAUUAACUUUUAAUUCAAGAUCUUUAUUGUCAUGUAUACCAGGUACAAUGAAAUGCUUACUUUGUUUACUUCUCUUGAGAAAAACAUGGUGGAAGGGGAACAGAAAAAUCACCAAUACAACAAAAAUAAUAUAAAGAAUAAAGUAUAUACAGCAAAAGUUGUAAAUCCAAAUAAUGAUGUUCUGAUUUGCUUUUAACACUUCUUGCCUAUGCGAUUGUUAAUUAAACUAUGCAGUCACAGUCA